AUGGCUGGUUUCUGCACAUUCAUCAUCUUUACCUCUGUGCUCUGUCAGAUCCCAGUGACAGCAAAAACUUCUGGAACUCUGAAGGAGAUGGUUGGUGCCCUUGGUGGAUCUGUGACCUUCAGUCUGAAUUUCACAGGAAAACAGGUUGACACUAUUGUAUGGACCUUCAAGACACUUUCUUUUGCCAUCAUAGUUAAGGACAAAGUCAUAGUGACUCAAAAUCAUAACAAAGAAAGGAUAGUCUUCCCAGAUGGAAGCUACUCCAUGACACUUAGCCAGUUGAAGAAGAAUGACUCAGGUGUCUACCGGGCAGAGAUUUACAGUACAUCUCUUGAGUCUCCCUUCACCCAGGAAUAUGUGCUGUAUGUCUAUGAGUAUCUGUCAAGGCCCAAAGUCACCUUGAAUGGGCAAGACAACAUAAAUGGCACCUGCACAACCAACCUGACAUGCUCCAUGGACAAGGGAGGGGAGAAUGUGACCUAUAGCUGGAAAGCCAUUGGGCAUGAAGUCAAUGAAUCUCAUGAUGGUGCCGUCCUCCCCAUCUCCUGGAGAUUGGGAGAAAAAGACAAGACUUUAAUUUGCAUGGCCAGGAAUCCCAUCAGCCAAAGUUCCUCGAUCCCCACCCACGUCCAGGAUCUCUGUGGAGAUGCUGCCAAGGACCUAAAUUCAUCCAGCAUCAUCCUAUAUAUCCUGCCAGUGUUAAUUGCACUUGGUCUCUUGCUGGUGAUUAUUCCUGUUGCUAUGCAUACAGAGAAAGGAAAAGUUUCCAAGGAACACAUGGAGAACGUGGACAUCCACCAGAAAAAGCCAAACUUCUGUCCCCACUUGGAAGAGAAUCCAGAAUAUGACACAAUCCCUUACAUGAACGAAACAAAUAUGGAAGAGGUAGCAGCAAACACACUUUAUUCCACUGUGCAGAUUCCCAAAGUGGUGAAGAGUCCCAGCUCCCUGCUUGCAAUGCCACCUACGUCAAGGCCAUUAAGCUUUGAAAACAUUAGCCUCCCCAAAUCAACUGGAGCAUACAUGAUCCACAGCGUACCCAGGAUGCCAGAUACGGAGCUUCAGGAUUUACGUUUCCCUGCUGGGUUUGACCUAGCUUUGGUCUGUUCUUUCUUUGCUGUGCACUCCCUUUUGGAGUGA